GUGGAGCCGGCGUGGCUCGCCUGACUUCCUGGGCCCGCAUCCGUGCUGUCAGAGCUUGGCCACUCACCCGCCGUCCGGAUGGCAACACAGAGAGGCAGGAGGUGUUAUUUGGAAGAUGGAGCUUCAAAGGGUGCCUGGCUGAACCGGUCAAGUAUUAUUUUUGCGGGAGGUGAUAAGUGGUCAGUGGAUCCUCGCGUUUCCAUUUCAACAUUGAAUAAAAGGGACUACAGCCUCCAGAUACAGAAUGUGGACGUGACAGAUGACGGCCCAUACACGUGUUCUGUUCAGACUCAGCACACGCCGAGAACAAUGCAGGUGCAUCUCACUGUGCAAGUUCCUCCGAAGAUCUAUGACAUCUCAAACGACAUGACCAUCAACGAGGGGACCAACGUCACCCUUACCUGCCUGGCCACCGGGAAGCCAGAGCCUUCCAUCUCCUGGCGACACAUCUCCCCAUCAGCAAAACCGUUUGAAAAUGGACAAUAUUUGGACAUUUAUGGAAUUACAAGAGACCAGGCUGGGGAAUACGAAUGCAGUGCGGAAAACGACGUGUCCUUCCCAGAUGUGAAGAAAGUAAAAGUUGUCGUAAACUUUGCUCCCACGAUUCAGGAAAUUAAAUCUGGCACGGUGACGCCGGGACGCAGCGGACUGAUCAGAUGCGAAGGUGCAGGUGUCCCGCCUCCGGCCUUUGAAUGGUACAAAGGAGACAAGAAGCUCUUCAAUGGCCAACAAGGAAUCGUCAUCCAGAACUUCAGCACGAGAUCCAUUCUCACUGUCACCAACGUGACAAAGGAGCACUUUGGCAACUAUACCUGCGUGGCUGCCAACAAGCUGGGCACGACCAAUGCGAGCCUGCCUCUUAACCCUCCAAGUACAGCCCAGUAUGGAGUUACCGGGAGCGCGGAUGUGCUUUUCUCCUGCUGGGACCUUGUGUUGAUACUGUCCUCUUUCACCAGCAUAUUCUACCUGAAGAAUGCCAGUCUACAAUAAAUUUAAAGACCCAUAAAAGGCCUUUAAGGAUUCUCUGCAAGUGCUGAUGGCUGGAUCCAAUCUGGUACAGUUUGUUAAAAGCAGCGUGGGAUAUGAUCAGCCGUGCUUACAUGGGGAUGAUCGCCUUCUGUAGAAUUGCUCAUUAUGUAAAUACUUUAAUUCGACUCUUUUUUGAUUAGCUACAUUACCUUGUGAAGCAGUACACAUUGUCCUUUUUUUAAGACGUGAAAGCUCUGAAAUUACUUUUAGAGGAUAUUAAUUGUGAUUUCAUGUUUGUAAUCUACAACUUUUCAAAAGCAUUCAGUCAUGGUCUGCUAGGUUGCAGGCUGUAGUUUACAAAAACGAAUAUUGCAGUGAACACGUGAUUCUUUAAGGCUGCAAUACAAGCAUUCAGUUCCCUGUUUCAAUAGGACUCAAUCCACACUGACAAAGAUGCAUUUUUUUCUUUUUUGAUAAAAAAGCAAAUAAUAUUGCCUUCAGAUCAUUUCUUCAAAAUAUAACACUUAUCUAGAUUUUUCUGCUCGCAUGAUAUUCAGGUUUCAGGAAUGAGCCUUGUAAUUUAACUGGCUGUGCAGCUCUGCUUCUCUUUCCUGUAAGUCCAGCAUGGGUGUGCCUUCAUAAAGUAACAUUUUUCUCUUUGUCUCCAACUAGUAUCAAACGUUGUGCAAAAUCUUAAUAUUUGAGAGCAAAGACUAUAUCGCAAUGAUCUCGUCAAACUAUACCCUGUCUCUAAAGAAUGAAGGAGCCAGGAGACUGUAAAAAAAAAAACAUCUUCCUUCAUUCCCAACAAGGUUUGAGAAUUUGGCCCCACAAUCCCGCAGUCUUUGUGAUGAGAAAUGAUUUAAUUACGUAGCACAGGAAACAUACCAUGUGAUUUGCAUAGUUCUCACCAAAUGUUACAUCCACUGUGGGAAAUCAUCCCCUUUAAGAUGACAGCACCGUCCACUCGAGGGCUGACCUGGCAAUACAGCAUCUUUUCUUUUCACUAUUGGAAGCCAAAAUUGUUGAGACAGUUUGUCAGAAAGGACACACAGUCCAGUCACCUACAUUCCACGAGUUGGUAAGAGCUCAUAAUUCGUUGGGUUUCAUCAUGAGUGAGUAUGAGGGAGACAGUGCUUCCAUAGGCAGGAGCAGUGUGCGUGUUUUCCACCCGCGAAUAUCACUCAGUUGGUAGUCUGGAGCACGUUAGGCUAAAAAACUCCAAAAUAUGUCAUAUCAAGCAUUCUAUAUUGGUAUGUAGCAGAUCAAUCCCUGAAAUGCCAAAUUCUUCCAUAAAAUAUGUCUCUCUAGCCAUUUUAGUGCAAACAAGUGAAGCCAAAAACAAUUUGCUAUGCUUUAUUUUUUCUUACACGAUAUAUGUAAGAGGUGAUCAAAUAAAGACAUCAGUGAUGAGAAUAUCUUAAGAUACAUUAGUUAUUAAAUUCUUGUGAAUGUUAAAUUAUUUCUAUUAUUAAAAAAUUACAUGUUUGAAGGAAAAUGCUGUUGCUCUAAGUAUUACAUUACAGGAAUAGUUUGAUGAUUUUACUCUUUACUAAAGAAAGACCUUAACCUUGAAAGCUAUUUUUCAGGUUUGAUGAAGUUACCAAUUUCAGUACACCUAGAUUUCUGCAAAUAGUCCCCGUUGGCAAGUCAUAACAACUACAAAGAUCCUACAAGUGAAAUUAGAGAUAAAAUGUUUUACAGUGGCUUACAUAUUGAAAAGAACUAAUAUGUUACCCUAGAUGGGGUGGCUUGAAAACUGCAAUUUUUUUCGAGUAAAAUGCACUUCCAAAUUAUACCAUAAAUCCGUUUUAAUUAGAAAAAUGAAUCUUAAGUAAGGGGGCAUAAAUAUACAAACUUUCCACAAAAAUGACAAUAAUAUGGCAUAAUGCUAUUAAGUUUACCAACUGUGAUAAAUUUAUGACACAUUUUGACUGAGCUAUUAAAAAUAGGUUUUUUAAAAACCAAUAUGACAUUUAACUUUAUUAUUUAUUUGCAUUAAAAAAUUAUUUGUGGAAUUAGUUAAUAAACUAUAAAGUAUUACUUUGUAUUGCAGCUUUAAAGUGGCACACUCCAUAUUAAUCUACUUACUAGAAAUAGUGGUGCUACCACAAAAGCGUUAACCAUCAGUACCAUUGUUUGGGAGAAAGAAACAGAUCAAGAAUGCAUACUAUACAGUGACCGCUUUCCUAGAGUUAAAAAUACCUCCUCGUUGUAAGGUCUGUAGGGUAAAUGUGAGGUAAAUUGAGGUAUAAACUAUGGAUGAACCAAAUAAUUAGUUCAAAGUGUUGUCAUGAUUCCGAACUUGUGGAGUCUGGUGUUUCCCCAUAGAAUGUGACAGAGGUACAGUCAUAGCCCAGUAGCUCUAUGUAUUUGCCUUUAUGUUAGAAGAGACUUUCUUGAGUGACAUUUUUAAAUAGAGGAGGUAUUCGCUAUGUUUUUCUGUAUCACAGCAGCAUUCCUAGUCCUUAGGCCCCUGGACAGAGUGAAAUCAUGAGUAUUUAUGAGUUCAAUAUUGUCAAAUAAGGCUACAGUAUUUGCUUUUUUGUGUGAAUGUAUUGCAUAUAAUGUUCAAGUAGAUAAUUUUACAUUUAUGGACAUAUAAAGUGUCUGAUUACUCCAUUUUAUCGGUCCUGACUGUACAAGAUUGUUACAAUUUCAGAAUAGCAGUUUUAUAAAGUUGAUUUAUCUUUUAAUCUAUAACAAUUCUUUAGCUCUUCAUUUCAGCAUUAUAUUGGCCACAAUUUCCAUUUGUGGGACUUCUUUUGGUUUCCCCUAAUUACCUUCAAAGAACAGUAAAGGGAAGUUGCAAAGGAGAGUAGAGAGAAAAGGAAGGAGAAAGAGAGGGGGGAAGGGAGAGAGAGAAGAGAAGGCUGAGAGGGGGGGAAGCCUCAGAAGAUUAGGGUAGUUGACUUAUUCAUCUGCAUUCUUAAUUUAACUGCACGUGGUGUGAUCAUAUUUCACAUGAUCUCAUUCGAAACACAAGUCCUGUUACACCAUUAAGUUCUUCUUAGGCAGCAAUGAUGUAAUGAAAAGUACAGCCCAAGUUACAGUAUUGUGCUUUUUUGAGACACUAAGAGAUUGGAGAGAAUUUCAAAUUUAAAGCCACUUUUGGGGGGGGGGGUUCUAACAACUGAAAAAUCAAUGCUUCAUCAUAACAUUUAAACUAUAUCUAGAAAGUAGACUGGAGAACUGAGAAAAUUACCCAGAUAAUUCAGGGCAAAAAAAAUAUAAGCAUAAAUACCCCUAUGUAUGAAGUCAGAAAACUCUGAGAAACUGAAUUAUCAAAGCCGAUCAUCCAUAUUGAUAAAAUUUACUGAAUAACUGUUAAUUUAUCCAUUGUGCUUAGCUUUGUGACACAGCCAAAAGUUACCUAUUUAAUCUUUUCAAUAAAAAUUGUUUUUUGAAAUCCAGAAAUGAUUUAAAAAGAGGUCAGGUUUUUAACUAUUUAUUGAAGUAUGUGGAUGUACAGUAUUUCAAUAGAUAUGAAUAUGAAUAAAUGGUAUGCCUUAAGAUUCUUUGAAUAUGUAUUUACUUUAAAGACUGGAGAAGGUCUUCCUGUCUUUUAGUAAAACGUCCAUAUUUCAUAACCUGAUGUAAAAUAUGUUGUACUGUUUCCAAUAGGUGAAUAUAAACUCAGUUUAUCAAUUAAAA